CCCACAUUUACAUCAAACACUUGAACGCACCGGGGCUCUUAGUUAUUUUGCAUUCCAAAAUGACGGAUCCAACAACGUCGCCAGAGGACCACUGGAAAACAGACGGUGCUUUCAGUGACGGUGGAUUUGACCACAGUUUCUUUGCUGAAAGCACCAGAAAGGGUUCCGUUGUUUCCAGGGCCAACAGCAUCGGCUCCACAAGUGCCUCUUCAGUUCCAAAUACAGACGAUGAAGACAGCGACUACAGGCAUGAAACAUCGUAUAAGGACUCAUAUAAAGAUCGACGGAGACAAGCGCACACGCAGGCUGAACAGAAACGAAGGGAUGCUAUCAAGAAAGGCUAUGAUGACCUUCAAUCAAUAGUACCAACUUGCCAGCAGCAGUCGGAAUUCGCAGUGGGUGCACAGAAGAUCAGCAAAGCUACUAUUCUGCAGAAAACAAUUGACUACAUCCAUUUUCUUCAUAAAGAAAAGAAGAAGCAAGAGGAGGAAGUUUCUGUGCUAAGGAAAGAAGUAAUGGCACUGAAGAUCAUGAAAACGAACUAUGAGCACAUAGUGAAGGCCCACCAGAACAAUCCACAGCAGGGAGAGGAUCAGGUAUCGGACCAGGUGAAGUUCAACAUCUUUCAGAACAUCAUGGACUCCCUGUUCCAGUCAUUCAGCAACUCUGUCUCAGUAAGCAGCUUUCAGGAACUCUCCGCCUGCGUUUUCAGCUGGAUCGAGGAGCACUGCAAGCCUCAGACUCUGAGGGAGUUUGUCGUCGGAGUCCUCCGGCAGCUCAACGGUCAGCUUUAUUGACUGAGUGCACUCUGGACUGAACUUUCCCACAUGGACUUUGGGUUUGCUCUGGCUUCUCAGGGUGGAGUGAAAUCUUUUAACGGCCUCAGGUCACGCCGCAGUAUUUACGCUCACUUCAGCUCAUUAACCUCUCUGUUUGGGCGGAUGAUUGUCGAGUUGGAUCCAUCUUUUAAGAAAGAUCACUUUUUGAUUUUUAGUGUACAUAUGACUGUAAGCUAAGUUUAUUUCAGCCUCCACUGGUUGUUCUUAUUUCUUACUAUUAUGCUACUACUGAAACACGAAGGCUGCAAGGGAAUCAAUCAGGUAAACAAAGCAGUGUAAUGUAGGUUUUUGUUGCACCUUUGGAGAUACCUGAUUGAAAAAAAAAAAAAAAAAAAAUCGCCUACCUACAUCAGCUUUACCAAUCAA